AAGAUGGAGCCGGGGACGGAAAUGGGAUGACGUUAUUGCCUCUUGUAACCAGACCAGCGAUCUGUGCGUGGAACACACCCCCCUGUUCUGAUUGGCUGUGCGCUGAUCAGGUUACCAGGGGUCAAUACGCCGGCUAGGUGAGAAUUCAACUUGUGACCGUGGGCCGGGGCGGCGGAGGAAGGAAAAGACAUGGAGGAAACGAGUGUAUCCCCAUUAAAGCACUUUGUACAGGCAAAGAGGGCCAUCACGUCUAUUUUUGACCAGCUUGAGACAUAUAUCAGUGAUGGAGUUAUCUUUGUAGAAGAAACCGCUCGGAAUUUAGAGUUAAAAAACAUAACCACUGAAGAUGAUCUCAAGAAGAUUCAGAGUUUCAAGCAAAAACUGGCUGGCAUUGGUGAGGUUUUGUCAAGAAGGCACAUGAAGGUGGCGUUCUUUGGCAGGACAAGCAGUGGAAAAAGCACAGUGAUAAACUCCAUGUUGUGGGACAGGGUGCUACCCAGUGGCAUUGGACACACUACCAACUGCUUCCUGAGUGUGGAGGGGACAGAUGGAGAUAAUCCGUAUUUGAUGACGGAAGGCUCUGAAGAAAAGAAAAGUGUUAAGACUGUGAAUCAGCUGGCUCAUGCCCUUCAUAUGGAUAGGGAUUUGGAAGUGGGCUGCCUUGUGCAUGUUUUCUGGCCAAAGGGAAAGUGUGCCCUUCUGAGAGAUGAUCUGGUCCUGGUAGACAGUCCGGGAACAGAUGUGACCACUGAACUAGACAGCUGGAUUGAUAAAUUCUGCUUGGAUGCUGAUGUUUUUGUCUUGGUGGCCAACUCUGAAUCCACGCUUAUGAACACGGAAAAACACUUUUUCCAUAAAGUAAAUGAAAGGCUUUCUAAACCCAAUAUUUUUAUUUUAAAUAAUCGGUGGGAUGCAUCUGUAUCAGAACCGGAGUCCAUGGAAGAUGUACGGAAACAACAUACUGAGCGAUGUCAGUCUUUCCUGGUGGAUGAGCUCAAAGUUGUAGAUCGUUUGGAAGCACAAAACCGCAUAUUUUUUGUUUCUGCCAAAGAAGUUCUUAAUGCCAGAAUGCACAAGGCACAAGGAAUGCCUGAGGCUGGUGGUGCUCUUGCUGAAGGAUUUCAGACCAGGUUUCUGGAAUUUCAAAGGUUCGAGAAGUUGUUUGAGGAGUGUAUCUCGCAGUCAGCAGUGAAAACAAAGUUUGAACACCACACUAUCAGAGCUAAACAAAUAACAGAUACUGUGAAAGCCAUAAUGGAUUCCAUAAACAUCAAGGCUGCUGAUAAGAGAGUGGGUGCAAUAGAAGACAGGGAGUCUGGAAUGGACAGGCUGGAGUUUAUCCAGUGUCAGAUGCAGAUCCUCAGUGAGGAGGUCAGGAAGCGGAUAAUGCACGUCACAGAGGUGGUAAAUGCACAGGUUUCCAAUGCCAUGAUGGAUGAGAUUUGCCAUCUUUCCCUCCUGGUAGACAAGUUUAAUGGGGACUUUCACCCAUCGCUACAGUUCCUGAAGCAUUAUAAAAACGAGUUGAAUUCACACAUAGAGAAGGGGAUGGGGAGAAAGCUGGCCGAUCGCUGUUCUACCGCAGUGAAUACAUCUAUACAGAAAGCACAAGAGGAAAUAAUAGAAAGCUUAAUACCGUUGCUGCCACCUGCUGUUCAAAAGGAAUAUAGCACAUCCAUGCCAUGCAAGAAAUUUGACCUCAGCUACAAUCUGAAUUGUGAGAAGCUGUGCUGUGAUUUUCAGGAAGACAUUACGUUUCGCUUUUCAUUUGGCUGGACGUCACUUGUUAAUCGGUAUUUGGGGUCCAAAAAUGCUCGCCUUCUUAUAGGCUUUGCAGAACCAGUUUUUCAGGUUCCCCGACCUGUGAGUACACCCACCACAAGUGCUAACCCAGGGCAGACUCCAGAUUCCAUGGCACAAGAUGAGAUCAUGGUUACAGUGAUGUCUGGAUUGGCAUCCUUGACCUCAAGAGGGUCUAUGGGAGUGAUUAUUGUAGGAGGAAUGAUCUGGAGAACCGUGGGCUGGAAGCUUAUUGGAUGCUCUUUGUUGGCAUAUGGCAGUUUGUACAUGUAUGAGAGGCUAACGUGGACCACAAGAGCCAAGGAGAGGGCUUUCAAGAAACAGUUUGUAAACUAUGCGGCAGACAAAUUGCAUAUGAUUGUCAGCAUUACCAGUGCAAACUGUAGUCACCAAGUACAAAAGGAGCUGGACAACAUAUUUACCCGACUUUGCCAGCAGGUUGAUAUGACUCAAAGAGAUCUAAUGGAAUCCAUCAACAGUCGGUCAGAAGAAAUAAAACAGCUUGAGAAAGUUCAUAACCAAGCCAAGCUUUCCAGAAACCAAGCAGUCCAUCUUGAAAAUGAGCUGGAUCAUUUUACAAAGAUGUUCCUUAACCAGGAAAAGUGAAAAGGACAACGUUUCUGAACUCUGUAGAGAUGAGUUAUCUCGAGCUUUUCACUGGGUUCCACCUUACUAAUGGUUAUAUCACUUACCAGCUGGGCCUGGAAAACAGUGUGGCACUUGCUGUUCCAUGUGAGGGCUGCGCGCUGGGUACUGUACUAUGCUUUCAGGACUACCAACGUUGGUAUUACACAGUUACAGGUCAGCCAGCUGGCAGACGGGUUACAAAUUUAUCUUUGCUACCAGAAUCCUUAUUUCACCCAUCUUCACCUUUUUUUCUAAAGACAAUUUUGGAAGCGUCUCUAAAUUAAAAAUUUGAUUUGAGAGCAUUUAAACAUAUAACACAUAUAUAUUUAUUUUAAUAUAUAUUAAAUAUGUACACACUGAUGAAUGCAAAAUGUAAUAUUUUAUUAAAAUGUUUGUAACAAAUGUUUGAAAAUGGCAGAUAAGUCCACUAUGCAUUUCUGCCUCGCUACACCCCACCUUGUGCCUACUUGGGUGAAUAGAAUUUGGGAUUUCUAAAUGUACGAGCAGCUAGUUUCCAUUUUGGCAUUUAAACUGACGGAGGUCUUUGACGUGUAGUUGUCAAGAAGAACAUUGCUAAAAUGUCUGCAAAUGCUGCGUUCUUUGCUGUUAUGACCUCCGAACCUAAAGGCCAAACUUUUUUUUUUUU